UCUAGAAAGAAGCAAGAUUUCUUUUGUCCUCUUCUGAAAAGAUUGCCUUCAAAUUGGGUUUCAAUGAUUCCAAAUUGUUGUAAGUUAUACAGUUUGUGUUUCACAGAGGUGUGCUUUGGAGCUUACAAUUUGCCAUGGACAGGGAUGAUGAUGAAAGCAAGUACACAAUUCAUGUUAAUAUGAAUGAUGGUUUUGAUGGGUGCUCCUACUUCCUCAAAGUCAUGGUGGGAGAUUUUGCUGAAAGACUGAGAAUUCCAGCUGCAUUUUCUCAAAAGGUUAGAAAGGAGACCAGUGAAGAUAUGGUUUUGCAAGGCCCAAGUGCUCGGCAGUGGGUUGUAAAAUUAUGGGGAACAAAUUCACAACUGGAGUUUGGGCAGGGUUGGGAAAAUUUUGUUGGUGACCAUGCCAUUGAGUCAGGGGAUUUUCUGGUUUUCAAGUAUGUAUGUAGGUCUUAUUUCAAGGUCAGAAUAUUUGGGAAAAAUGGGUGUGAGAAAAAAACUAUAGUUAGCUCUGAGAAUUCGGACAAGAGAUGCAGUGACACUGCUACUGCUACACAAUUGCCAACUGCUUCAGAUUUUGAAGAGGAACUCAAUGAUCAUACAGAAGCAAAAGUUCCUCAUGUGAGAAAAAAAUUCAAAUUCUCUUCUCAUGAUUUUGAUGAGAAAUUGAAUGAUCAUACAGAGGCAAAAGUUCCUCAAGAGAAAAAAAAAUUCAAAUUCUCUUCUCAUGAUUUUGACGGAGAACUCAAUGAUCAUACAGAAGGGAGGAAAAAAAUCAAAUUCUCUUCUCAUGGCUUGGCCAUAGGUCGUCGUCGUCAUAAACCAUCUCAUGCUGGAAGGCAGAAGGAGACAGUGAAAUCAGCAGAGACUGAACGAAAGAGUUGUCAAGAAUCAAAUUCUUGUCAUCUUCCUUGCAUACGUCGUAAUUUAGGAGGAAGAAACAAGGCCAUCCAGGCUGCUUAUUCUUUCACAUCGACCAAGCCCUUCUGUUUAGUAAAUAUGGCCGCAUCUCAUGUCUGCAAAAGAUUUUGGCUCAAUUUGCCCAAAAAUUCUGAAGAGCGUCUCAAAUUACCCAAAGAAAUGAGGGUGGUGAUCCUUGUGAAUUCUAACUGUGAUGAAUGGCGUGUACGGUACAACUGGAGUGACUAUAAAGACAUAGGCGCUUUCGGUGCAGGAUGGAUGCAAUUUUCUGUUCAAAACAAUCUCCAGAGAGGGGACAUAUGCAUCUUUGAGCGGAUAGACAAGGGCAAUAACAUUAUCAAGCUGAGAGUCCAUAUUUUCAGGAUCGCAGAGGAGAGUAACAAUUUGGAAGGUGGAAUUAGCAAUGAUGGAGUAGCAUUACCCACAUCUCAUUCCAACAAGAAGAUGAAAGUCUCAAGGGAAGAUAUCAGCACCAAUUUGCCAGCAAAAGUUGGCCGCCCUAAAAAGGGGAAACAAGGAGCAAAGCAUGGCCGCCCAAAACAUGGGAAAGGAGGAGAAAAACAUUGCCUCCCAGAACAUGGGAAAGGAGGAGAAAUACACUGCCUCCCAGAACAGGGGAAACAGGGAGCAAAACAUGGAGCCAAUCAAGUGGAAGAGGAGAAAAAUAAGACUAACCCUACAAGCAAUCAUCUGAAACAGACCAAAUCAAAAAAUGUCCCUUCCAUUUCAGAUAGCAAAGCUGGCUAUAGGCGUAGUGUACGAUUUUCAAAACGGUGCAAUUCAGUAAAGCCUGGAAAGAAAGAACUUCUUUGUCUUCCAUCAUCAUCUGCAAGGGACACAGUGGUCCUGUCAGAUGAGACCACUCCUAUAGAUGAUGUGAAUGGAGAAGAAGAAAUCGCUUCUGUAGAUGAUGUGAAUGGAGAAGAAGAAAUCACUUCUGUAGAUGAUAUGAAUGGGGAAGAAGAAGAAGAUAUGAUUGUUUUGGACUGCAAUGGCGAGCCUCAUGCAAUGGCUCCUCAAAGUGAUUCCUUAAAUCCAUUCAUAAGAAUUUCCUCAUAUCCCAAAAUGAAGUCAAAAGGCGAGGCAUCACAUUUGGUUGUGGCACUGUAAUCUUAAAAAGCCUCUCCUGCAGGUGAUAAACUUCUUUGAUUAUAGAAUUUGAAUCAACUUCUUCAAUUUAGCAAA